UCGGAGCACAGAGACAAGCACAAACCAGCUAGAAGCCAGAGCAUGUGCGCAGCUCCGCCCCUCUCUUGGCGAAGCAACUAGGCUUGAUCCUUCCCGCGACCGGUCGCGCGGUGGAGCAAGCGCGGAAGGCUUGGCGGGCGUAACAACAUGCUUUAUCCCAAGGAGGACAAGGAGAACCGCAUUCUGCUCUACGCGUGCCGGAAUUGUGAUUACCAGCAGGAAGCCGACAACAGCUGCAUCUACGUCAACAAAAUCACGCACGAAGUGGACGAACUGACCCAGAUCAUCGCUGACGUGUCCCAGGACCCCACGUUGCCGCGGACCGAGGACCACCCGUGCCAAAAGUGUGGCCACAAGGAGGCGGUGUUCUUCCAGUCACAUAGUGCCCGUGCCGAGGACGCCAUGCGCUUGUACUAUGUGUGCACGGCCCCACACUGUGGCCACCGCUGGACGGAGUGAAUCAUCCUUUCCCACGUGUAAUAAAUACUGUGUUCUGUGCGUGCA